AUGACAGACGGGGCAGAGCGAGAGGACGAACACAGACUAGAGGCAGAGGACGAGGGUCUGCUAACCGAAACAACUAUGACAAAGGUUGCCAUCGGUGUGGCUCGAUUGAACAUUGGCUACGCGAUUGUCCUGAAAAAGACACAAGGGAAGAUGGACAAAACAAUAGAGACAAUUUUAAUUCCAGUGGAUUUACACAUAGAAAAAGGUAUAAUUGUUCCAUGUCCAAACAGCCCUUGUCGCACUCCUAUUUUCCCAGUAAAGAAAGCCAAAGUGAUUGGACAACCUGUGGCUUGGCGAUUUGUACAAGAUCUUAAAAAAGUUAAUGAGGCUGUAUAUGCGCGCGCACCGAUUGUACCUGAUCCAUAUACAAUCAUGACUCAAGUUCCAAGUAAUAGUCAAUUUUUCUCAGUGGUCGAUUUAGCCAACGCGUUUUUUAGCAUUCCUGUGCACAAGGACUCGCAAUUUUGGUUUGCAUUUGAAUUUUCCGGCCAAUUGUACACAUGGACAAGAUUGCCUCAAGGCUAUUGUGAAUCUCCUGCUGUGUUUGCGUCUGCGCUAAAAGAUAACUUGGAAGGGUUCCAAUUUAAACAUGGAAGCACCCUUAUUCAAUACGUUGAUGAUCUUCUUGUCUGUUCCCCAGAUAAAGAUGCAUGUGAAAAGGACACUGUACUGUUGUUACAAUACUUGGCCUCCCAAGGUCAUAAAGCCAGUUUGAAUAAACUGCAGCUAGUCCAGCAGGAAGUUAUUUUUCUGGGCCAUAAACUAACA